UUCCUUGUAUACCAAAAAAAAUCUCCACCAGCCAUUCCAGUGUUGACGAUUGACCUUGACUUAGUUUGGUGUUAGUUAUCUUGUGAACACAUCCAUAAUCCAUCAUCAUCAAAUACUCAGAAAGCUCGUAAACUUGAAAGGAGACGUAAAAAUGGCGACGAAUUCAUCAACCUGGCCCGAUCUUCCACGCGACAUCUUAUCAUCAAUCGCCGAUCGUCUCGACAAGAAAAUCGGCGUUUUACGACUUCGCUCGAUUUGCAGAUCAUGGCGUUCUGCACUUUCUUCCUUUCAUUCCGACAUUAAUUUCCCUCUCAAGCUCCCCUCCCCACUCUCCCCUUCCUCCAACUUUCUCUCUCUCUUCCAAAGAACCGUCUAUCUUCUAUCUUCUCCUCAAAACCCCUCUAAUGGCGGCUUCUUCCUUAUCAAACUCGAGGUGAGAGAAAAUUGCCCCAACACCUUCACUCUUCUCGACCCUCUUUCGACUCUGAUCACAUUUCCUCAACCUAAUUCUUCUAUUAACCUUCUCGAUUACAGAAUUUCGGUUGUUUCUGAAUCCUAUUAUGUUUACUCGGAUUUGGAUUCGGAGAUUAAGAAGGUGGUGGUUGCGAGAAAUUUCUUCAAAAAUGGCGAUUUUGUUGUUUUAGGUCUGGAAUUUAGUGGGGGAUUGUUAAUCUGGAGGUUUGGAGAUGAUGUGUGGACUGAAAUUGAGGCAUUUGGGCGUUGUUUUGAUGAUAUUAUUAGUUAUAAUGGUAAAUUUUAUGCUACUGCUGAUAAAAAAGGAAGGCUUGUUAUGAUUGAUUCUAGGUUGCAACCCAUUGAUUUGGUUCCAAAAUUGAUGUAUGGGGAUGGUACUUGUACUCAUUUGGUGGAAUGUGAUGGGGAUUUGUGGUUAGUUGAUGAAGUUUUUCACGAUAUACAGACGAGGUUUGGAGUGUUUAAGUUGGAUGAAAAGGGUCGGUUCUGGGAUUAUGAGUUGAACUUGAAGGAUUGUGUGUUCUUUAUUGGUGACGAUGCGAAUUUUUCGUUGUUGAGAAGUGAGUACAAUGGAUGUAUUAGGAAUGUUAUUUACUCCAAAAAAGUGUAUUUUGGUGAUGAAGGGAUCAUCGGUUUUACCAAAGUUUUUGACAUGAAGACAGAUAUUAGCUCUGUUAUGGAAGACUCUGAGAGUUAUGUGGAGCUUUAUAAUCCACCUUCGAGUUGGUUCAAUCCUCAUUGAUUUGGGCUUCUGCGCUUUAAUAGUGUGUGUGGAUAGAAGAAUCUGUAGGGAAGUGUUCAGAUAUAUUACGGAAGAACGAGAGGGAAGGUAGUCGAAGCAUUCAUUUCCACUUUGCUCCUUAAAAACCAAAUCAAUUCAAAUGUCGAAAAGAUUUGGAAGGAAAAGUACUGAUUCCUCCCUCCAUCUUCCCUACCUUCUCUCAUAAUUGGUACUUCCUUCGUUUCAAAUUAAAUGCAAUUAAUGCACUUUUUCACUAUACACUUUUUACUUUGACUAAUAUUUGUGCUUUAUACAUAAAAAAAAAAAAAAAACAUUGUCAAGUACUGUACAAUCUUCUUAGAUUUGUUUCGUGACGUAUUUUCAUAAAAUCUAUGUAAUUUUUAUAAUUUUUACUACAUAUGAUUAUUGA